UGAAAUCAUUGAAGUUUGCUCAUCUGUAACGCAAAAAUUAAUCAAUCUACGGUCGAUUUGAUCUCUCUUGUCUAUUUUUAUGUGUCCACAUACAGCACAUAAAAUUAUAUUGUAAUAACAACAAUAUUGCCGCUGCUUAGCCAUAAGAGUGGAACAAACACGAUGAGAGACACACUCUCCACACCCACCCAGAGGCGUCGUCGUCAUCAUGGGACGACGACGUCGUCGAAAGGGAACCCCAAAAAUACAUACGACUUUUUUUCCUCGCCUCUCUAUACGCUUCGCAUAAUAUUCUAAAUGUUCUCUGUUGUAUGUGGACAUCCAACAAAAGGGGGGGAUAUUUCACUCUCUUGUUUCACCUUCAUUCAUUCAGUCUCAUUUGCCAUCUCACUUACACAUCACACUCCCAUAAAAUGCUUAAAUUGCCAUCAUUGAGAGCCACCCAUCUUCAGUUCACUACCUCCGUUCUCGCAAAGUGGAACAUCUUCUUCCGGGAAUCUCUUCAGAGCACACUCAAAUUGAAAUCCAAUAAGUGACACUGCUAAGACAUUCUCUCUCUUUCUCUCUCUCUCUUUUCUAAUCGCCGCAGCCAAGAAAUUGCCACAAUGUCUGACACCGAGGAGGAUUCAGCCAGUUCCGACAGUUGGCCCGUGAAUGAAGAUUGGCUGAUUGACAUCAUCAAGGAGCAUCACAGAACCACGUCCAAUGUCAAAAUCACCGAUUUCUCCGUGAAGCCCGGAUCGCACGAUGGUGUCAGCAAUUUGAGUGACAUUCUGGCAGUAUCCGUGGAUUAUGACAUUGAAAAUGAGACAGCGGAUGGUGCCCGUUUGGAAAUCAUCAUCAAAUUACUGCCUCACGACCCAUUCAGUCGAUACUUUGUGACAGAGGCACAAUUUGAUUUGCGUGAAAUUAAGUUCUACACCAAAAUUUUGCCUGAUUUACUGGAGUUUCAGAAGAACUAUUUGGCCACCGGAGAGACAUCACUGAGAAUAUCCGUACCAAAGUGUCUCCACACUCACUACAUUGCCGGCAAUCUUCACUCAACUGGCCAUCAGCACGAGGAGAACAGUCCAGAACCACCAGAGAGUAUACUAGUUCUACAAGAUAUGAGACCUUUUGGCUACAAGUCGGCACACUUUAUCAAAGGACUAACACUUGAGGAGGCUGAGUGUGCUAUUAGAGCCAUUGCAGCCGUUCACGCCUUAUCGCUGGGAAUGAAGACAAAGCACAAAGUGGAUCUCAAUGAGAAGUAUCCGUUCCUCUUUCAAACCGCCCGCGCCACUGAUAGCUACCAACAGCUAGUUGAGCAAGGACUGCCUCAACUCACGCGCUUCCUCGAGCGCCAGCCCGGUCAUCAGAAGGAGCUCCAAGCCUUGUCGGAUCUUCGUCCCAACACCAGAUCACUCAUUGCCAAUCUCUUGCAGCCCAUCGAGCCGAUGGGUCUCAUCACGCACACUGACUUCUGGUGCAACAAUCUCCUCUUCAGGGAGUCCAUUCAACCAGAAAGUGACGACAACUGCGUCAUACUUGACUGGCAAAUGGUCACAUAUAGCCGGCCAACCAAUGACAUUGCCCUCUUGCUCAUCUCGUCCCUUCCGUCCCACAUUAGACGCGAAUAUACGUCAAAACUCUUGGACUUGUACUACAACACAAUGAAGAUAAACUGUGCAAAGUUCACAAUUGACCUGGAAAUUGAUUUGCAAUACGACAGGGAGAAGUUGCACAGAGACUACAAGAAAUCUCAACUCUUGGCUCUACUUCUCUGUGUAGGAUCUGUUGAUGUGGCAAUUGGCAAUGUGGAGGCUGAGCAGCGCUUACUGGAUGUUCUUCAGGAUUUCUACGCUGAAGGCGUUCUAACUUUGGAAUCUGAACUUAUUUAAAUCAUAUAGUCACUCCCGUCAAAAGCACAAGAGCAUUUCUUCUCAAAACGUAUAAUAUAAAUUAAAUGAUGUGAAUCAAAAGAGACAGCUUAAGAAAUUAAUCAGUGGGAAGCGCAAUGAAAUAUUAAUUAAAUUACAUUUCUUUCUCUCCAUCUCACUCUCUUUUUUUAUUCCUCUUCCUCUGUCUUUAUUUAGCAACGCUCAAAAAUUGUAUCCACCUAAUUUUGAAGAUGAGGAUAGAGAGAAGAAAUAAAUAGCAGAAGUAUCAAAUGAGGAAUCAUUGAGCUGAGAGAGGAAAUAUUUUAUGAAGAAUAAUCUCCAAAAGUAAAUUUAAUAAUCAAUUAUAAAUGUAAUAGCAAUUCGUAAUUGUAUCUCAAGAGUGAUUAGGAGUACUUAGAGGACAAAAAUUACAUUAUUUAGAGAUGAUUCACCCGGAAUAUAUAUAUAUUAAUGCAAAAGUAUUUUUGGAAAAGCAAAUUAAAUAAUUACUCUCAAUCAACCAACACACUGUAUAUUGCAAUAAAAUAAUUACCAGAGUGAUAAUUAGGUAGUGUGAGAACGAAAAUAAAGAGAAAAAAAACACUCUUUUUCUAGAGUCAUAGUUUCGUCGAUAGAGAGUUAUUUUGGGAUCAUGCUGAAAGUCUUUACGAAUGUAAUUAAAAGCCUCUCAUGAUUUAUGCAGAGCUUAAUGCAGUUUAGAAACAUACAAACAAGAUGUGAGACAAAAUACCUAUCUUUAUAUAUUCGCAAUAUUUUAUCUCAAUCACAAUAAAGAUGAGAAUUUCCU